AUGGCGAAGCAAACAAGAAAGCCGUCCAAGAAGUCAACGUGGCGACUGCCACAGCCCAUAGAAACCGAGAAGACAUUGCUGGGGCCUUCGUUAUACAGUCGUGCGUGCAGUGGAGAUAGGCUGAAGAUUAACGUGUCUAAAUGCUAUCUAGAAAAUCAAGACGAGAUAACUAAGCAAAAUGAAAAUGACAGUAGCGAACGCAAUGACGRCAGCGACGAAGAUUCSGACGACCAAGAUGACGACGARUGCCAUGAAGAGAUAAARGAAGCAAAAUCCCGCCGACCAAGGACGACGUUCACUAACUACCAGCUUGCUAAACUGGAAACAAGCUUUCAGAUGGAACAGUACCCGGACAUUUUUGCACGUGAAGAGCUGUCCAGGAAGGUUGGUCUAUCAGAACCGAAAAUCCAGGUGUGGUUCCAAAAUAGGCGAGCCAAGUGGCGUAAACACGAACGUAAUAGCAAUCAGCCUUCAUUUGGAAUGCGGUAUUUGGCGACUCAGGGGCAACAACCAUCUGGAGUAUCGUUCUCAGACACCCUUAGUGAAUGCCAAAAUAGUGGCCCUAUUGGAUGUUACUGCAGUCGACCCAACUACACGMGAUAUCACAGUCCAUACUUCUAUCCCAGUUAUACAUCAAUGCACUAUGGGUACUCUCCUAUACAGAGAUAYUACUACCCUGGCUACACAAUGACACACCCUCAUCAGAGCGGGUACUUGUGCUCGUGCUGUGUGAGCGAGUGUCCGUCUAUAGGUAGAGGGACGACGUCUAGAGGUGCGGUGACCGAGAGGUUCGAGUCCUCGGCGUUAUACCCGUGCAGAGGCCUCCUGCAAACGCCCUACAGUGUUCAAGAUUUAAGGCGUAAAGCYAGAAUGUGUAUGCAUGGUAUUACGGGCCGCUAGA